UCUGUUCGGGCGACGGCGCUCGCCGAGGCGAUAGCUGACGUUCCGAGCGACGCCGUGCAGACAUGUCGCCCGCCCGACGCGCGGUGUGACUGCGGCAUCGAGUCAGAUAUGACUCAGACGCGCGCGGGGCCAGCUAGCCGUUAGCCUAGUCAGCCCUCCUCCUCCUCCUCCUCCUCCUCUUCCUCCUCCUCCGCCUCCCCCCGCCUCCUGCCUGCCACGGCCGGGGCUCCAGCGGGGCGGCUAGCCGCUGAGCGGAUCCGGCCGCGGCAGCACACGGAGCCCGCAGACGACAUGACGAGGCCUUGAUGUCGGCCCGGCGACGGCGUCUUCAGGCAUCGGAUACAGGCUCUCGCCUCCGGGGGUUUUCAGAUGUCCCGUUGAUGGUUGUUUCCAAUCUUCCAUCUUGUCCACAGACAUGGCGUCGCAGCUCCAGGUGUUCUCCUCCCCCUCUGUGUCCUCCAGUGCCUACUCUCGUUCAAAGAGGCUCAAAGUGGAGAACCCUGCCUGGGAUGUGUCCAACCAGCUGGGAGACAACGGUUACUACCAGCAGAGCCCCGCCCAGGGAGCUGCACCCUCCACCUCUGGCUCUGGCUUCAACCCAGUGUACAACCCCGGCCAGGCGCAUCCGCCGACCGCCGGCUCCCGGGAGCAGACGGUGGUGCGGGCGGCAGACAGCACAGGCAGCCUUCGCGGGCCUCCCUCCUCCUCCUCGUCCUCCUCCUCUAGCCGUCGUGUCAAGGAUGCGGAGUCCUCCUCCCAGCCGUGCGACCUCUACCACAAGCAGUACAGCUUGAAGCGGAAGAGCGAGGAGGUGGACAGCAGCGACAGCGUCCAGAUACUAGAGGAGCUCUCAGCCCCCGUGGUCUCAAACCGCACCGGUGGCGGAGGGGGGACCACCACUGCUCAGUCCAUAGCACAUUCCACUUCUACCACAAAGAGCAGCAACUCCCACAGUGAGGGCGACUACCAGCUGGUCCAGCAUGAGAUUCUGUGCUCGAUGUCCAACAGCUACGAGGUGCUCGAGUUCCUGGGACGCGGUACCUUCGGCCAGGUGGCGAAAUGCUGGAAGCGGGGCACAAAUGAGAUAGUGGCUAUUAAAAUCCUGAAGAACCACCCGUCCUAUGCUCGUCAGGGUCAAAUAGAAGUGAGCAUCCUUAGCAGGCUGAGCACGGAGAACGCUGACGAGUUCAACUUUGUCCGCUCGUACGAGUGUUUCCAGCACAAGAACCACACGUGCCUUGUGUUUGAGAUGCUGGAGCAGAACCUUUACGACUUCCUGAAGCACAGCAAGUUCAGCCCCCUGCUGCUCAAGUGUAUCCGGCCUAUUCUGCAGCAGGUGGCCACGGCGCUGAUGAAGCUGAAGAGCCUGGGGCUGAUCCACGCCGACCUGAAGCCUGAAAACAUUAUGCUGGUGGAUCCGUUGAGGCAGCCGUACAGAGUGAAGGUCAUUGAUUUCGGCUCCGCCAGCCACGUGUCCAAAGCGGUUUGCUCCACCUACCUGCAGUCGCGAUACUACAGAGCUCCGGAGAUCAUUCUGGGCCUUCCUUUCUGUGAAGCCAUCGACAUGUGGUCUUUGGGAUGUGUCAUUGCUGAGCUGUUUUUGGGAUGGCCCCUCUAUCCUGGUGCCUCGGAGUACGAUCAGAUACGUUACAUUUCCCAGACCCAGGGCCUUCCGGCAGAGUACCUGCUGAGCGCAGGGACCAAGACCAGUCGCUUUUUCAACCGAGGCCCCGACUCGAGCUACCCCCUCUGGAGACUGAAAACACCGGCGGAGCAUGAGGCAGAGAUGGGGAUCAAGUCAAAGGAGGCAAGAAAAUACAUCUUCAACUGUCUCGAUGACAUGAUGCAGGUGAACAUGACAAACCUGGAGGGGACGGACAUCCUGGCGGAGAAGGCCGACAGGCGGGAGUUCAUAGACCUGCUGAAGAAGAUGCUGACACUAGACGCAGACAAACGGAUCACGCCCAUGAAGACUCUGAACCACCCCUUUGUUACCAUGACGCAUCUGCUGCAUUUCCCUCACAGCUCACACGUAAAGUCAUGCUUCCAAAAUAUGGACAUAUGCAAACGAAGAUGCAGCGCCUUUGAGAACGGAAAGAAUAUGUUUGCCAGCAACGGUACCCCGAGUGCAGCCACCAACCUCACGGUCACCUUUAGUAGCCAACUAAACCAGCACAAUCAGAUGGCCUCAACAGGAGGCCAGUCCCUGUCCCUCAGCAGUAACGUCCCGUUGUUGAACUACCAGCCUGGCCUCUACCAGCAGGCCACCAUCAACAUCCCCGGCCUGACCCAACAGGGCGUGCCCCUGCAGACCAGACCCACCCAGCUCUGCGCCCAGACUGAACCCUUCCAGCAAACGCUCAUAGUUUGCCCCCCCACCAUCCAGGGUCUUCAAACAUCCAAUAAGCCCGCUGGUUAUCCAGUGAGGAUGGAAAACUCAGUACCCUUAGUUCCUCAGAACCAGUCGUCCCAGUCUCUUCACAUCCAGCCCGGCAUGCUUGCACAGGCCUCCUUCGACCCCCUGCUGGUAGGCAGCCUGUACGCCUCAGUGGCGGGAAUGCCACGUUUAGGCUCGGUCCGGCUGCCAGUUGGCUGCAGGGGUGGAAACCUCUGCAGCUUCCUGGAUCAGAAUGCCUCCAUGCUGCAGGGCUGGCCAGCAGGCACACAGCAGAUACUCAUCCCUUCCACAUGGCAGCAGAUGCCCGGCAUGGCCAUCCACAACCCUGGGCAGACUGUAGUGCCUGACUCACCUAUGGGAGCCCCUGUCUCUGACAGUCAACAAGCUUCUGGCUGGAGGGGCCGUCAUGGCAGCCAGUACGAUGGUGUCAGCCAGCAGGACUCUGGUGUGGGCCGUCACGCUGCCUCCCAAAACCACAACUCAGGGGCCGCUCACUCAAGAGCCCAACAGGGCAAGAGGUCAAAGGCUCGACAUGCCGAGAGCAGAGCCAGGCCUUUGUCGUCAGUACAUUCAGCCACCACCGUGGUCCACAACACUUCCGCUUUUGCCGGCGACCAGUCUCAGCCCAUCGUCAUCUCUGACACACCCAGCCCUGCCGUCAGCAUCAUCACCAUCCACAGCGACUCAGAGGACGAGGAUGACAGGAAGUUCCCCGCUGCAUGCUCUGGAACGAGCCAGAGGACCAACGUGAUCAGCUGUGUGACGGUACACGACUCCCAUGACUCCGACUCGUCCACCAGCAGCCCCCUCAGCCCCAAGACCACCUCACAGCCCGCCAAGUCUCUGGCCAUUAUCAUGCCCUCUGUGAAGAGCCAGCCUGGAGAGAGCACAACCCACAAAGCUCCGGCAGCUCCAGAUCAAGCUACAAGUGGCUCUGGAAAGUCCAAGAAGGGGUCGAGCCAGCAGUCCAGUCGGCCAGGAGAUUCCAACACUGAUCGCCAUCAACGGGCCGCAUCCAGCAGAUCUCAGCCUCUGAACCUUAGUCAGGUGCAGCAGUCUGUGAUGUCAUCAUCUCAUGACCAAACGGGAAGCAGCAGUUCCCUGAGGCGGCAGCCCACAUACCCCCCUCCCGUCUCCUCCCACUCAUCCUACCGGCUGCACGAGAACGCCCUCUUCAGCUCGACCCCCAACCUGUACGCCUACCCGGCAUCUGCCGCCCUGGCCUCCGUGUCCCAGGCCGUGGACCAGAUGCAGGGCGGCUCGUCCCGCCACAGCAGAGCGAGCGGGGCGUACUCCUCCCUGGCGCUGCUCCAGAAGAGCGGCAGCUUAGCGCUGGGAGCGUCUGCUCCGGGACAGUACGGCAACCACCACCACCAUCAACAGCAGCAGCAGCAGCAGCAGCAGCAGCAGCAGCAGCAGCAGCAGCAGCAACAGCAGCAGCAACAUCAGCAGCAGCAACAGCAGCAGCAGCAGCAGCAGCAGCAGCAGCUGGGGGUGCAGCCUUUCCACCGCUCCAGUGCUGCUUACCAACGAAAACUCAACCAGUAUCCCUACCUGUAAAGACGGACUGAGGGCUGAUUGAGACAGAAGCUCUGCAUGAAGACCAAAUGGAGACCGAUACUAGAGAGGAGCACAAGCCCAUCACAGGCGCCUGUGAUUGGGCUUGUUUUUAAACUCAACUUUUUACUUUCCUUUACUGUCCAGCCUUUGUUCCUAGAACUUUCUCUGAUUAUUUUUGGGAUAAAAUAAUCACAGAAUGUAUUUGUAUUUUAAUCAUGGUCAGUUUUUUUUUUUUUUUUUUAAAUCUAUUCCCACUGUGGGGUUUGUGUUGCAUACUCGUAUGUUAACAGCGACGAACGGUGCAGUCCGGAGAGUAUUUGGACAGGGUUGCGGUGGCACUGUACUCGAGCGCAUUUGAUUUGAAAUGAAACAACCGGGAAGAAGUUCGGGUGCUGACUUUCGGCUUAAAGCCAAGAUUGUUACAUCCACAUCAGAUAAACCACGUGGGAAUUGUAGCCCUGUCCAAACAUAGUGCCCAAAAUAACGGGACCAAACUUAAAGCUGAAAAUUCUGUAACCACUCACAGACUGCACUGUUUGUCGAUUCUCAACACGUAAAGCCCAAAAAGUUCAUUUUAAUUUGAGAACUCUGUGUCGAGGAGGAACUGGAACUUGACUUAACUGUUAUGCUGCUCUGUUAAUAAUAUUAUUAUUAUUACUAUUAUUAUUAUUGUUAAUAUUGAUAUUACUGUCUAUCAUCAAAUAAUUGUUUAAAAGUUGCAUUUCCAUAUACACAAUCGCCUUACUUAUUUAGGCCAAUUUCUUUAGUUAUUUUAAAUUUGUGUCAGGAUGUUGUGACGAGUUAGAUGAAUAUGUUGUAUGUUUCCUUCAAGAGUGUGUGUGUGUGUUAUCUCUACUACAAAAACACGCGGAGAACGUAAGCUAUGUACUGUACUGUAUAAUGAUGUGCCACUGUGUUUCUUCAGUGUUUUUUCCAUGUUCAUUCUGUUUUAGUACUGGCCAUUGACUUAAUCCAUUUUCAUAUGUUUAGUGUGCUGAAUGAUGCAGUACAUUUCACUGUAGAGAGAGUGUGUGUGUGUG